CUAAAGAAAUAACAAUCUCAACAUCAGAGAUGGCUUUUUUCGCCGAGAUGAGCGAUCCAUACGCAAAAGUGAUGGAAAACGACGCUCAGGGCCUGAAGAUAAUAUACGAGAAUAACCGCAACGCAUUGUUCAAUCGAAUCAACGCUUGCGGAGACACCAUUUUCCACAUAGCGGCUUACAACGGACGCAACGAACCGCUCCAAGUGAUGCUCAAACUGGUGCCGCAAUCGAGGAAGCGUGAGCUGAUGAUGAUGAAGAACGGUUUCGGGAACACGAUUCUCCACGAGGCGGCCACCACUACCAAUGUAAGAGCAGCUGAUUUGUUGAUCCGAGAGCUGCUGUUGUUCCACGAGAACGAUAUUCGUCAAAGGGAAGAGAUAUUGGCGGCUCGAAAUAAAUUGGGCGAAACCCCGUUGUUCAGGGCCGCUGAAUAUAGCAACAAGACGAUGGUGGUGUAUUUGGCGAGGGAGAUCGAACGAGGUGGGAAUCUUAUGAGUCAUUAUAAAAGGAACGAUGGGACCUCCAUUCUUCAUAUUGCUGUCAUCGGCCAACAUUUUGAUACUGCUAUUUGGUUUCUAAAGAAGGAUCCACAGCUUGCAACUUACAGAGACAAGCAUGGAAAAACAAGCCUUCAUGUCCUAGCUGGCAUAUCCUCUGCUUUUAAGAGCAGCUCCCCUAUUCGAGGAAUAUUCAAAGGGUCUUUCUACAAUUGCCUUCACAGCGGUGCAAGUCAUGAGGAUGAGAUUGAUGAGCUUCCAUUGAAUCUGCAAAGCAAAGAUUUAGAGCAGGGUAGGCCAAGCAAAGCUCUCAAUCAAUCAGAGCUCUUCAAAGGAUGGAAAAUGAUCGAUGGGAUUCGUGCAGAAAAGAGAAUGCAUGAAUCGGCCGUUAAAUUGGCGAAGAUCUUAGUGAGAACCGACUCGUCUUGGUUUGAUACUCAUGAACCGGUGGAGGAGGACACAGUUUGCUUGGAAAGAAUGGAAGAAGAAAAGGUAAAGAGUAGUGCAGCGCCCGACGUCGAGAGCCCACCCGAACCGGAUACGCCUUUGUUCACUGCGGCCAGAGCAGGCAUUGUGGAGGUAGUGACCGAGAUACUCACGGUGUACCCUCAAGCCAUUGAUCACAUUAACCGAAAAGGACAGAACGUACUUCAUGUCGCCAUCAUGCAUCGGCAAUACAAAGUGUACGACGUCCUUAGGGAUAAGGAGGAGGCGAAGAGGUUGGUUCGGGGCAUUGAUAAUCACGGCUGCACUAUAUUGCACCGUGCCGCAGACACAAAAUUUUACCACGGAGGAACCAAACCUACUCCUCCCCUCAAAUUACAACAGGAGCUGAUAUGGUUUGAGCAAGUGAAAGCUCAAAUGCCCCCUCAUUUUAUCAUGCACAUCAACCAAAAGGGCAAAACAGCAGAUGAACUUUUCAAGGAUAUGCACCGAGGGCAACUCAAAGUCGCCCAAAAUUGGGUGAAGAACACCUCUCAGUCGUGCUCGACAGUUGCCAUUCUCGUGGCUACCGUCGUCUUUACUGCUGCAUACACUGUACCGGGAGGUUUCUUGCAGACAGACGGCAGACCGAUCCUCCUCGAGAAGCCUCUCUACUCGUUUUUCACCGUGAUGGACGUCGCCGGCCUGGCGAGCUCGUUGACCUCGGUGGUGGUCUUCCUCUCGAUCCUCACUUCUUCGCUCGAGUUUGGAGAUUUUCAUCACCGGCUCCCGCGGAACCUCUCACUCGGUUUCACCUUUCUGUUCUUCUCGGUCACCUCGACAAUGCUAACUUUCAUGGCCACCAUCUUGCUGCUCGUUCAUUUGCAGAAAAAGUGGACUGCAACGCUAACGUAUGCCGCCGCGUUCCUUCCCAUAGGCGUAUUCGCGCUGUUUCAGUUCCCUUUGUACUACCAGUACUUCAUGGCUGCAGUCAAAAGCAUUCUUGAUUUCCUUAGGAAGAAUUUGCCUGGAGACUGGGAUUUUCUUGAAAUUAAAGAUGAUUGAAGGAACCAUGAAGGGGAAACCAUUCUCUCUAUAUAUCGUUGCUUAAA